UGAGCUUGUUCUGUUGUGUCUUACCUGGACAGAUGGAGAAAUGUUAUGCUCUAUUUCUUGAAAUGUCUGUCUUCAGACAGUGCCUUUCAUCGCAGGACCCUUCUUCCAGAAUACUGCUGGCUAGUUUUAUGUUAGCACUCUACGUGUAUGAAUAUCUGCUCCAUGUAGGAGCUCAGAAAUCGGCUCAGACAUUUUUAUCGGAGAUAAGAUGGGAAAAAAACAUCACAUUGGGGGAGCCGCCCGGAUUCUUACAUUCUUGGUGGUGUGUAUUUUGGGAUCUCUACUGUGCAGCUCCAGAGAGACGGGAAACCUGUGAACACUCGAGCGAAGCAAAAGCCUUCCAUGAUUAUAGUGCUGCAGCAGCUCCCAGCCCCGUGCUAGGAAACAUGCCCCCAGGAGAUGGCAUGCCAGUAGGUCCCGUGCCACCAGGGUUCUUUCAGCCUUUCAUGUCGCCUCGGUACCCUGGUGGCCCGAGGCCCCCAUUGAGGAUACCUAACCAGGCACUUGGAGGUGUCCCAGGAAGUCAGCCAUUACUCCCCAGUGGGAUGGACCCAACACGACAACAAGGACAUCCAAAUAUGGGUGGACCAAUGCAGAGAAUGACUCCCCCAAGAGGAAUGGUGCCCUUAGGACCACAGUCUGACCCUUGGUUAUCAUUACAGAACUAUGGAGGUGCAAUGCGACCCCCACUGAAUGCUUUAGGUGGCCCUGGAAUGCCUGGAAUGAACAUGGGUCCAGGUGGUGGUAGACCUUGGCCAAACCCAACAAAUGCGAAUUCAAUACCCUACUCCUCAGCGUCUCCUGGGAAUUACGUAGGUCCUCCAGGAGGUGGAGGACCACCAGGAACACCCAUCAUGCCUAGUCCAGCAGAUUCAACUAAUUCUGGAGACAACAUGUAUACUUUAAUGAAUGCAGUACCUCCUGGGCCUAACAGACCUAAUUUUCCAAUGGGCCCUGGAUCAGAUGGUCCUAUGGGUGGAUUAGGAGGAAUGGAGUCCCAUCACAUGAACGGCUCUUUAGGCUCAGGAGAUAUGGACAGUAUUUCCAAGAAUUCUCCCAAUAAUAUGAGCCUGAGUAACCAGCCGGGCACUCCAAGGGAUGACGGUGAAAUGGGGGGAAAUUUCUUAAAUCCUUUUCAGAGUGAGAGUUACUCCCCCAGCAUGACCAUGAGUGUGUGAUCCGUUGCCGCGUCUCUCAUGAAAACCAUCGUGAGUCAGCCCAUCACAGAACUACUAUGGAAGAAAACUACUCGUCGUGUACAGUUAGACAAAGGAAUCUCAGACAACCAGACCACCUUUUAGUUCCUGCUCUCUCCCCUAUUUUGAGAAGAAAGCGGGUCCAAAUGUGAUUCAAGCAACUGUACGGAGCGGCACAUUAGCAUUGCCCCCAACUGAACUGCGAUGAUUAUCUGUGUGUAUGUGUGGGAAAAGAAUGCAUCGUAUAUGCAGAUCUGUAUGCACAUAUACGCAUACGUGCAUUGACCCACAGGACAUUGUAAGAUAUUAUCACAUGACAUCUUAAGUAGAAGUAAGUAGGGACUUUUAUGCCAUCCUUUUUUUCACGUUUACAUUUUAAUUAUUAAAGGUUGCUCCUGCCCUUCCCCAACUAUUUUGUGCUGUGUACAUCACUGCUUUAUAUAAGUUAUUUUUUAAGGUGAACUCAGAUGUUAUGGUUUUGUAAAUGUCUGCAAUCAUGGAUAGGAAUAAAAUUGCUUAUUUGAGAGCUUUCAUUCACUGUGUCUGAAACAAGUUGCCUGUGAGCCCCAGAUUGUACCAAGUAGAGACAGUGUCUUCAUCCUCAUGUCCAACCAGGCAUUCAGUUACCUUCUGUGCAGAGUCGUGUGGUGCUUUGUCUAUAAGGAAAACACUUCAACAGAAGCUCAGCCAGGGCUUCAUACAGUACACUUCUGCAAUAACUGCUUUAAAUUGAGUUCUUUCUUGAUUUGUGUGUCUUAGAUGAUGCAGAACUCAUUAGCUAACUCAAAUGACUUAAACUGUAGCAAUAAAGUGACAUGGGUUAUCAUACUUUUAGCACACAUUCUCUCUUAAACACGAUAAAAUCCAAAAGUGAUAACAAAACCACUUGUUUGAACUUACAGCUUCUUCCAGGGAUCUAGAAGUAAAUGUUUAAUAAGAUACAGUGAGAAAUGGUGUUGUAUGUUUAUUCAGAUUUCCCAUGAUCAUUUCUACAGACACUUGAAAACAGACAGACACACUGACAUGACUCAGGUUUUCAGCCCAGAGAGCAGAGAAUGAGAACACUAGAGGAUUCUGCAGCUUUUCUGGUUUCACCCACCCAGUAGCUUGCUUGCUGGAGCAGAACUGAUGGGACCCUGUCUGUUCUGUUGUCCCUGCUCUCAGGUGGCCGUGUACAUGCCCUGUCUGCUCUGUUCUGGGGUCAGAGGGCUUGCACUGGGAGGCAGGUUAUCUGUGUAACUUGUGUUCACUGCAGCUGGCUAGAUCUCCAUUUUGUGUCUGACAGUUCAGAAGGGAGUAAAGAAACAGGUUUAAUUAUCUCCCUUAUGAAAGCACCCUGCUUGCUUCCAUGACACUUCCCAGAUCUUUGGGAUUCCGUUUAAUCCUAUAUCCAAACACCAAAUCCCAAUAGGAAAAGCAUAGAGAGUUUAUUUUAUAAUUGAAAAGACAGCUGUGCUACCCUGGCUGAUCUGAGAUACAAACAACCACUGAUGUCUGCCCUGCUGGAGGGUACUGCCCAGGCUUACGGGCCAGCAUUCUCCCUUUCCCGUGGGACUGUAGCAUAACUGAAAACGUUGACACGGUUUGCCUGCUGUUGGUUCUAGACAAUUGAUUUCUCUCAAAUCCACAUUGAUUCAUUCUUCCUGAAAAUGGAAAACGUUAACUGGGCAUUCCAGGGAUGCUGGGAGCAUAGAGGAUUAAAAGAGAUGAACUAGCUUUACACUGCAGAUCUAGAGGACAGUCUAUGAGUCACAGUUUAUAGCACUGCGUCAGCCUACAACUGUACCAGAGAGCAGCCUUGUACUAGCCAGCUACAGGAACCUGGCACAGGUGGUUCACACAGGAAGUCCAUUCCCCCGAGUCACUAGUGGCCACUUCCUUCUCUCUGACUGUACAGAGUUGAACUGUGUUCGGUGGGCUCGGUCUCCCAGCGCUUCCUCUCCUCAUGUGCUCUCCAUCUCGCCUGGCCUUCGUCCCUGUCAUUCAUCUUCUGAGAAGGGAAGCAAAGGAUUCCUACCACACGCAGAAGUCAUGCGCCUAAUUUUACUUGGGAAUCUUAGACUAUAAAUGGCACAAAUGGCCUUUUAACAGUGGUUGAUAGAGUAGCAUCAUGUGCUGCUUCUGGUUUUGUUUUUUUUAAAGUAAAAUGGUUUUGUUUUUGUUUU